AGAUACAGCGCUGUUUCUUGGUUCCAACUUGCAUAGGGCUGCUGCAAUCGAUGAAGGUACAAUGAACACUGACUUUCAGUACAACUCAGGGCUAACCCAUGCAGAAGCAUUGAUUCUUAGACCACACAAAUAAAUGUAAUUGUAAAUGAGGUCGUCCAGGUUCUCCUCUCAUCAUGCCCACCCUCAUCUUCGCUCGUAUUGUUACGUUUCCACGAACGAGAAGAACACCUGGUUGAUCUUCUUCAGGCCGUUGGUUCUCCUAGAGAACGAAAGCGUCUUGGAGAGGAGGAGCUUCAUCAACCAGAUCAACCAGCUGCACGAAAAGAAGAUCCUCCUUACGUGCAAACUUCUUUAGUUUGUUCUGCGAAUAGUGCUGUUGCUGCAGCUUUCGCAUCUUCCAUUCCACCUAUAGAAUCCUCUUGUUCAUCAGGAAGCGGCGCGAAGAGCACUGUAAGAUUGCGAAGUCUAGCUGGCGAUGAGUACAAAAUUGACGUGCCCUGUAGCGAGACGGGCAUUACGGUGGCAAAGAUAUUGGCCGAAUUGAGACAACAGAGAUGGCUACAGUCAGUGCAACACGGAGAGCAGAACCGCUGGUCCUCGUGGGAUUCUUCAUCGUCUCCAGAUGCAUUUCAUGUAGAGAACCAUGAAAGACCAAUGGAACAAGAACGACAACAAGUACUAAGGCUCAACUUAUUUCAUUGGUCACCAUUUAGUAGAUUGGUCUCUGACAUCAAAGAGGAGACCCCCUGAGAGAACAGGGGAAAACUAAGCGAAAACAAGGGGCCCAGGCAUGGGGCCGUUUUCUUUCAGAAUUAGUGACCACUGAAAACUGCUGACCUUUAAAAGUUGGUCAAUUAGGGACGAGGAGUAUUGUUAUUGUUUCAUCAUGUCCUAGUCCCACAACAAAUUACACAACGAGGACGGGAGCAAAUUCAAUUUCAUCAAAGGCAAUAAUUUUUACUGCAUGUGGAAGUUCAAGAGCAAGAGGACCACGAGUAGAGGUAGACCUCCUAGAAGAAGAUGUUAUUGUUUAUCCGCCUGUUGGGGAGGCUAAGGCUGACAGAGCAAGAGGAGGACCUGUAGAAGAGGAGGGGGAGGCCUGUAGAAGAGACGCCGUGGGUGAAGCCCGAGGCCGGGAUGGGCAGCAGGAUUGGCUUCCCUUCCGUUUACGCCUACUCGUCUCGUGGCGAACUCGUGAUGAGCAGGGCGAAGUGUUUUCAUGUACAGAUAAACUACGACGGCCUUCUUGCGCCACUGGUGGAGAAACAGAUGACAUCGACGCCGUUGGGGCUCCAGCUUCAUCAGCUGCAGUAAGGCUAGGGAUAGCCGCCAAUGGAGGGGCCGCGGUCGAAGAUAGAGGGAACGCCAAAGAAGAACGUCAAGAAGCUUUUCGCCAUUUGCAACUACAGCGUCUCUUACAGAUUCCUGAAUUGGCAAAUGUAGAUGACAGAGGAGAAGAACUAGCACAGGCUCAAGAAAUAGAACGAUGCUCUAAACCUAGACCUGAUGGUGCAGCUGCCGCGGAGGUCUCCUCAUCUUCCGUUUCCGAUGGAUCUUCAACACUCGAUAGAAUUUUCAAUAUUCGGGACAAAAUUAAGCUUAUAGUGCCAGAGUUUUCUUCUUCUUCAAGAACAGGAACGCAAAGGCAAACGGGUGUAGGUGUAGCUACAUCAAGUGGGGACGACGAUCAUUAUGUAUUGCCCGUAUUGCCGCAAAGUAGAAUCCUGAAAUCCGAGUCUACAGCUGAUCUUAGCGUCAUCGUGAAGCCUCAAGGCUUGAUCGACCCUACCACAGGUGUGCAGCACGAUAUCGCUUUCGUAGACCUCAAAAAUGGGGACGAGGAGUUGCUGGAGGAAGAGCAAGCUCAAACUCGUGCAAGUAGUAGUGAAGAUACAAAUAGAGGCUCUGCAGUAGUUCUUCCGACGCGUGGUCGUGGACAUCGAAGUCCUUCCACUCCACAACUACGUCUUCUGCUACUCGAGGAUCCACCAAAAGUAAUAGUAAAGCAGGUCCUCUCUUCAAAAUACGAGUGCAAAGUGCAGACCCCACUCAAAGUUGAAGAGUUUGAUUCGUGGCGGUUCGAAGUGGGAUCCAACGAACCGCUUCGCUUGGCAGUAUUCCAAAGUCUACGGCUUCUACGACAUCGAUGUAUGGAAAGGGAUGACGUUUCUGUGAUGGAUGUGAGUACAACAACUCCACUUGUGGCUCUUCAAUUCCAUCGGUUGAGAGUCGACAUGAAGGCUCAACGAGGACACGCAAGGCGAUCUGCGUGGGUCCCCACUGCCUACAGAAUGGGGUAUUGUAGUUAUGGCUACAACCGCUAAAGUAUCGGUAAUAUCCUCAGCACCGUCCUGCCUUGGCUUUUUUUUCAAGGGGAAAAUAAAGAGAGCAUCACCCUUGGCUUUUUUUUUCAAGGGGAAAAAGGGCGCAGGGAGGACGCUCAAUGCUCUCAAGGAUGCGACUGCGGGAGCUCUAACAUUGUGGGGCCCGUGCGGCUGAGACUGGGUUUGAAGGGUACAACGAGGAAGUGGAUGUGCUAUGGGAGUCGAUCGAAAACAAGAACGACGAAGUAGAAUCGGCGAUUGACUUCGAACAGUGGAUGAGGGACAAGCAGAUGGGGGAAAAGUAUCUUGCUGCAUACGGCAAAGAAUACUACCCGACACCCAUAAUUCGAUUUCGGUCGACAAGGUUUUCAGAAUGGAUGCCUGCUCCUUUGCAGUCUGUAGGAGAACUACGCCUACCUUUUGGAGGUUUUGAUGUUGAAGGAACAAGUGCUGGAACAACAGCAAGUGCAAGCUCCUCCGCACUUCUUAGUAAGCAGCCAUUUGGGCAUGUUUUAUUCGAUCACAUACGUGCCAUCCAUCCUACUCGGCAAGAAGGAGACUCUGCGCGCAAGUGGUUGCCUGAAAAUGGCCUUCUUGGUGGUCUUACUGAAGAGGAGUUGCUUAGGAAGCAGCGAGAAGACUUCCUAUUGGCAUGUCAUGACUUUUCCUGAAACUGAAUUCCUUUUUUGAUUUUGAAAUAAUUAGCUGCAGCACUCUCCUUGAGUCAGGACGCACAAUCAAUCGAAUCCCCUGGAGCAGGAGUGGGAGUCCUAUUUUUGAUCAUCUGAUGCCUGGAACUGAAUGGUGUGUUCCCUGUCUAAAGAAUACCAGUAUCCCCAGCGAUGAUGAAUCGAAAGUACGAGGCCAGAACAUGUUUCAGUUAAUAUUUUUCAAGAUGUGUUCACUCUACUGUUUUUAUUCCAGCGCAUGAAAACGAUAAUGAGAAUCAGUAGGAUUCAUUGCUCCAACUUCAAAUCUUCCGAUUCCAACCAUAUCAACAAAAAUCAAAAUUCAAUUUACAAAUCGAAAUUUGCAUCUCAUCUCAACAGUCAAGCGCUCCCGCGACUAUAGACGAGACCCGACAUGUUUUGAAGUUUUGUGAAAUCUACUUACGUAAAAUAUGAAUUACAAUGAUUCCUGGUUGUUCAGUUCAAUGAUAUCAAAAUUCAUAUU